AUGGCGAAGGAAGAGAUUCUAAAAAUGGGACGAGAAGAAUUCUUCAAAUCCGUGAAAAUGGAAUACAGGCGAUACUUUGAGCCAUUUGAGGAACCAGAAUCAGUAUAUCCGGAUGGACGCAUCAAUAUUGAUUGUACUUGUCUUCAUUCUGCACUCGCUCAUCGAUGCGGUUACUUGAUUAGGCAGGCGCUUGUAUGCUUCAAUGCAUCAAAAACAACACCCCGCGGAUUGGACUGUGAGAAAGAGUUCGUCGCACACGCUAUCUGCACAGAGGAGUCGAACAGCAAUUCUUCAUAA